AUGAAGCUUUCCGGGCUCUUUUGCCUAAUUUCUUCGGCAUUCGCUGGAACAUGCAACUUUCCGGACAAAACCGGGGUUCUUCCUGAAGGCGGUUGUCCCAGCACCUGCGCCAUCUACAAGAGAAUCGAAGAAGUCGAAAGACUGGUCAAUGAAGAAUGGACGAAAGUCAAGGUCAACUUCGAAGGAAGCUACGACAAGAGCGGCGAGUACAGCAGCAGCAGGGAAAUCCUCGAGCAGCUGUUGAUCCGACUCCAGAAAAUCAAAAAAUCGAGCAUGUCCGAAGCCGAGAAGUUCCGAGCCUACCUCAAUGAGUACAACAACGCUAACGUCCCAGCCAUCAUUGCCGACCAAGAAAAACGAACUGCACAACUUGAGGAGCGCCGCGGAAAUCUUCACUCUCAAUACAUUCAGGACAAGACCGAAUUCAUCCAGCUCACGACUUUCUGCCUCCUGAACUUCAAAGAAUACGGCGAGCAUAUUUGCGACGUCCGAAGCUUCGCCGACGGCCUCAAUCUCUAA